AUGUUUGGGAAAAGAAGACUGUCAAGACCUGAAGACAGAAAGAGCCUGACAGAAGAUUGCUCUAAGACUAAGAAGAAUGAAAUGAGUAAAAAGCCAAGGAAAUUGCUCCCUCAGGAUGAAGUAGUAGAGAAUGAUAGUGCUUUUGUAAAGCUUCUCAAGACAGCUGGAGUUACUCUUAAAACUGGGGAAAGACAGAAUCAACUAGCUGUGGAUCAAGCAAUUUUCCAAAAGAAGCUCUCUCAGGCCUUGAGGAAACACCCAUCUUAUCCCAAAGCAGUGGAAGAAUUUAUUAGUGGCCUGGAGUUAUACAUAGAAGAUCGAGACUGUUUUCGGAAUUGCCUUUUGUCUUGUGAACGACUACAAGAAGAGGAGACAAGCCUGGCUACUCCUUACUAUAAGAGCCUCAUUAAACUAUUGCUGGGGAUUGACAAUUUACAGCCUCCCAUUAUCAGAAUCUUAUUUGAAAAGUUGCCAGAGUUUCUUUAUGAGAGUGUUAAUAAUGAUGGACUCAGUAUGCCUCGACUCAUUAUCAAUCAGUUGAAAUGGCUUGAUAGGAUUAUUGAUGGCAAGGACCUUACAACUAAGAUUAUGCAGUUGAUCAGUAUUGCACCAGUGACCUUGCAGCAUGACCUCAUAACCAGUUUGCCUGAGAUAAUUGGAGAUGCCCAACAUGGUGACGUAGCUGGAGAGCUGAGUGACCUUCUGAUGCAGAAUACACCGCUGACAGUCCCAAUCCUGGAUGUGCUUUCUAGCCUCCGUCUUGAUCCAAAACUUCUGUCUAAGGUACGUCACUUAGUAAUGGCUAAACUGUCAGCUGUGACACUGGAAAAUCUACCUGUGAUCGUCAAGUUCAUUCUUCAUGCAGUCACAGUCACAGAUGCAUUAGAGGUGAUUUCUGAGCUUCGGAAAAAGUUGGAUCUGGAUUACUGUAUUUUGCCCCCUCAGCUGCAAACAUCCCAAAGCAAAUUGAAAAAUAAAGGUCAAGUGAGUUCUGGAAAUCAAGAAAAUAGUAAUCAGGACUGUGUUUCUCUCCUCUUCGAUGUGAUAAAGUCAGCUGUUCGAUAUGAGAGAGCCAUUUCAGAAGCAUGGAUUAAGGCAAUUGAAAACAUUGAUUCUGUGUCUGAACACAAGGUUCUUGACCUGAUGAUGCUUCUGAUCAUCUAUAGUGUAAACACUCAGAACAAGAAGUGCAUUGAGAAGGUGCUGAGAAACAAAAUCCAGUUGGGAUGCAUCCCAGAGCAGCUGCUUCAGAGCACAUUCUGCAGUUACACAGCAGUUCUCAAAGAUGUCUUUCCAUCCAUUUUAUCACUGGCUCAGAGUUUGCUGCACUCCACAGACCACAGUGUGAUCUCUUUUGGCAGCCUUCUUUAUAAAUAUGCCUUUAUGUCAUUUGACACAUAUUAUCAACAGGAAGUAAUUGGUGCUUUAGUGACCCACGUCUGUAGCGGAAAUGAUGCCGAAGUCGAUAUUGCUCUAGAGGUGCUCUCAGAGCUGGUGGUUCUCAAUCUGUCUGCCAUGAGACUGUAUGCUGUCUUUGUGAAGGGCAUUCUGGAUUAUCUGGAUAAUUUGGCCCCUUCUCAGAUAAGAAAACUCUUCUAUAUCCUCAGUACACUGGCAUUUAGCAAGGGACACGAAGAUAGCAGCCACAUUCAGGAUGAUAUGUACCUGGUGAUACGAAAGCAGCUUUCCAGUACUGUAUUCAAAUACAAACUAAUUGGGAUUAUUGGUGCCAUCACCAUGGUGGGCAGUAUGGCAGCAGACAGUGAUGCUUCCGGUCUUACACCAGAUGGAGCAGAAUUGAGCAGUGAGCUCUGCAAACAGGUGACCUCUUUAUUACAGCUGGUGCACUCUUGCAGUGAACAGUCUCCCCAGGCCUCUGCACUGUAUUAUGAUGAAUUUGCCAAUCUUAUUGCAAAAGGAAAAUUGCCUCCAAAAACUCUGGAGUGGAUUGGACAGACCAUAUGUAAUGAUUUCCAAGAUGCAUUUGUGGUGGACCUCUCUGAUCUGCCAAAGUGUGAUUAUCCCUUCCCAGUAAAAGCCUUGUAUGGCCUGGAUGAAGAUGACAGCCAGGAUGGAAUCGCCAUCAAUCUUCUGCCACUUUUGCUACGUCAUGAUGAUCUUGGGAGAGAUAUAAGUGGAAUGACUUCUAAGGACACAGACCAAAAGUUGGUGUCUCCAGUGUGCCUGUCACCCUAUUUCCGGUUAUUGAGGCUUUCUGUGGAAAAACAACAUGGAGAUUUAGAGGAGAUUGAUGGUUUGUUGGAUUGCCCUUUAUACCUCGCUGACCUGGAUCUUGGAGAGAAAUUAGGAUCUCUGUCUGUACAGGAGCGUUCCUUUAGAUGUUCACUCUUGUUCCUUGUUAUUAACUGGUUCCGAGAGGUUGUGAAUGCCUUCUGCCAGCAAAAGUCAGCUGAGAUGAAGGGGAAGGUGCUUAUCCGGCUACGGCACAUCACAGAGUUACAGACCCUCCUGGAGAAGUAUUUGGCAGUAACUCCGGACUAUGUCCCUCUUCUUGCAAAUUUUGAUCUGGAGACUUUGGAUGGAGGUCCUCAUACCAGUGCUGCUGCUACAGUGAAAAACAAAAAAAAGGCAGAAAAGGGAAGAAAACGAAAAGCCAAUGGGAGCAAGUCUUCUUCCCCUGAGAGACUUUCGAAGGAAGAUGGAUCCGAAUGUGAACAUUCACAAUCUGAUGAUAAAAGUCAACCAGAAAAGGAAUUCACAGAGAAGGAAGAAGAGAAGACUUCUGUGUCGCUCCACAAUUAUACCACUUCCUUCCGAGAGCUAGAUCUUGAGGUGUUCUCAAUUCUACAUUGUGGACUUUUGACCAAGUCCCUGUUAGAUACUGAAAUGCACACUGAGGCCACUGAAGUUGUACAGUUAGGACCUCCUGAGUUACUCUUCCUACUGAAUGAUCUUUCCCAGAAACUGGAAAAUAUGCUUGUUCCCACUGCUACGAAGCGAAUCUCUUUCCUCAAGAGUAAGGGAAGUCGGAACAUUGGAUUCUCCCAUCUGCAUCAGCGAUCCGCUCCAGAAGUAGCUCGCUGCCUAGUAUUGCUUCUGACCCCACUCUGUAACCACCUGGAGAACAUGCACAACUACUUUCAGUGCUUGGCUACUGAAAACCAUGGUGUAGUGGAUGGGCCUGGAGUGAAAAUGCAGGAGCACCAGAUAAUGUCAUCUUGUUACCAAAGGCUGCUGCAGAUUCUUCUUGGCUUGUUUGCCUGGGGUGGAUUUUCUCAGGCUGAAAACCGAAACUUAAUGCAGGAAGCCCUGAAAGUCCUUGCCAACAGACUAAAACAGGGAGACCAAGAAGUACCUUUGGGAGAGUUACUCAGCCAGAGCUUCCACUACUUACAGAAUUUUCAUCACAGUGUUCCAAGUUUCCAGUGUGCCGUUUAUCUCAUUCGACUCCUUAUUGUCAUCUCGGAGAAAUCCUCAGCCUCUCAGAACAAAGAAAAACUAGCUUCCCUGGCAAGGCAGUUCCUCUGUCAGGUCUGGGUGCAGCCUAAUGGAGAGAGAGAGAAAGGCAGCAGCUUUAACGACCAACUGCACACUUUGCUCUGUAUUUACCUGGAACGAGCAGACAAUGUCCUCAAGCUUAUAGAAGAGAUCUCUGGCACUGGGGUCCCAGAACUAAUCCAGUCUUCCAAAGAUGCUUCUUCUUCCUCUUUCCCUACACUGACCAGGCAGACAUUUGUAGUUUUCUUCCGAGUGAUGAUGGCUGAGCUGGAGAAAUCAGUGAGGAACCUUCAGGCUGGUACUGCUGCAGACUUGCCUAAGGUACAUGAGGAGAAGCUUCUGAAUUGGAGCAUGGCUGUCCGAGAUUUUAAUAUCCUUAUCAACCUAGUCAAGGUGUUUGAUAGUCGGCCAGUCUUAAGUGUUUGUCUUAAGUAUGGACGUCUCUUUGUGGAAACCUUUCUGAAGCAGUGCAUGCCACUCCUGGACUUCAGUUUCAGAAAACAUCGGGAAGAUGUUUUGAGUUUGCUGAAAACCUUCCAGCUGAGCACCAGACAACUUCAUCACAUGUGUGGGCAUUCAAAGAUUCACCAAGAUAUGAGCCUUACCAACCAUGUGCCUUUGUUGAAGAAAACCCUGGAACUAUUUGUGUAUAGGGUGAAAGCCAUGUUGAUCCUCAACAAUUGCCAGGAAGCUUUCUGGCUGGGCAAUCUCAAAAACAGGGACCUGCAGGGUGAAGAGAUUCUAUCCCAGCAAUCUGAGGAAAGCUCAGUGGAUGAGAGCCAGGAAGUGAACUCUCAAAUCUCCAAGCAAGAAACUGAGGAGGAAAGUGCAGAUGAAACAAGUGUCGGUGGAAAUGAGAGUGACAGCUGAUUAGAAGUGGGAGAUGCUGCUCCCUCUCCUGAGAAGCCCCCCCCAUCUUCCCACCCCUCAUCUCUGCUCACACUUCCCGGCCUCCAGCCAGCAGCCAGUCUUGUUAAAAACAUCUAGAUGUCAAGAUGAGGAAUCUUUAUGGCGUCACCCCAGCAUGAGUUUUAGACUGUUUGCCAGCAUCAGACCUGCUGUUAUGGGAAGUGACAUUCUUUAAUUCCUGAUUCAUUUCCCUUUUCAUUUGUGGGAUCAUUGUGAAGACUAUGAUAGGAUUUCAGGUCUAAGGAGCUAGACUUAAACACAAGCACUUUACAUGGCUCUGAGUUAUACACUUCUCCCACCUCAUUUUUUGGAGAAAUUCCCUUCCCCUCAGUGGGCUUCCUACAUUUCCUUAAUUGUCUGGGGUAAUGGAUUCGAUGUUGUGGUCUUUGCCGAGGGAGGAAUGAAUGAGAUUGAUAUCAAGUUGUCUGGCA